GCCGCGCCGGUCGCACACCGCCACAAGCGCGCUCCAUCGCACGCCACGACAAACUUCGCUCGCGAGACUCGCGACAUCACCCACAAUACGACAACAAACAGUCCCACUGUGACCACUUCAGACUACCCGGCGCCGUACGACCGUUUAAAAGCUCGUAAAACCACGGCACGCGCUCCCGACUCGUAAAAUAAUCGUAAAAAGUAAACACACGUCGACUGGCCUUUAUCGCCGGCCCAUUAUGACGCUCGAGUGACGUUUAAGAGGCAAUAAAAUUAAUAAAAUUAAAUUUCAUUGUCUGGUAUUUGGUGUGACAUUGGCGGAGGUCGCGUUAUCACCGCGCGCGGGACCGCGAUGACAUAAGUGUUGCCUAACUUAGUGAACGAUAGUGACUGGUCAGAAUGAACUCCUACUUUGAGCAGGGUGGCUUCUACGGGGCGCACGGGGUGCACCAAGGCGGCGGUGGCGGUGACCAGUACAGAGGGUUCCCACUGGGGCUGACGUAUGCCCAGCCUCACGCCCUGCACCAGCCGAGGCCGCAAGACUCUCCUUACGACGCCUCAGUGGCAGCAGCAUGUAAACUAUACGCUGGAGAGCAGCAAUAUGCAAAGGCUGACUGUUCGAAAGCCGGUGGAGAGCAACAGAAUGGCUAUGGAGGGAAAGAAUGGGGCUCUGGGCUGGGGGCUCUCGUGAGACCGGCAGCCUGCACACCUGAAGCACGGUACAGCGAGUCCUCGAGUCCUGGCAGAGCUCUCCCCUGGGGCAACCAAUGUGCACUUCCCGGAGCCGCCGCAGCCGCCGCUCAACCAGUUCAACAUCAACCCACCAACCACACAUUCUACCCUUGGAUGGCCAUAGCAGGAGCGAACGGCCUAAGAAGACGAGGGAGACAGACGUAUACAAGAUACCAAACGCUAGAGUUAGAGAAGGAGUUCCACACGAAUCACUACCUCACGCGGAGGAGACGCAUAGAGAUGGCGCACGCGCUGUGUCUAACGGAGCGACAGAUCAAAAUAUGGUUCCAGAAUCGGAGGAUGAAGUUAAAGAAAGAAAUACAGGCUAUAAAGGAGCUAAACGAGCAGGAGAAGCAAGCGCAAGCCCAGAAAGCGGCGGCGGCGGCUGCGGCGGCGGCCGCGGCGGCGCAAGGGCACCCCGAACAUUAGGCGCGCGCGCCCGUGUAACAGUGAUACGAUCAGUUCGCCGAACACUCCCUAGCUUUGUGUUUGUAAAUUGUUUGUAAUUAUUUUUUUUUCGUUAUCUAAGUGUUGUUCGGUUGUUGUGAUUAUUAUUUUUUAAAUUAAUUUUUAACUAGACACAUGUUUUCUAAUUGAAUGUACGAACAAUAAACUGUUAAAUGCUAGACUAGAAACGGGUCGUAUUAUUUUUGUGUUUCGGGUUUUGUUUUAUUGUUGUUUUAUAUUGAUUUUAUUAUAUUAAUUCGCAAUCGUCGAAGGCGUUCGGAAACCAGUGCAAUUUGUAGGAAUCUCUUCCGUGUAACAUAGUGUAGGAGUAGUGCGUUUUGCGCGACGUCGGCGAGACGAACUGUAUUGUACAAAUUUAAUAUGCCUACCAAAGAGACCCGGUCUCGUACCCAUAAAGCUAAGUAAUAAAGAGUCGUAAGUUAAAUUAAUUAUUUGCUAUUAUCGGACUCGUGUGUGAAACAGAUAACCUUCCGCGCCAUCUAAUCCUUCAAUACUCUCGCAUAAGUUAUAGUGUAAACGUGAUCGUGUUCCUGCAGUUUUAAUAGUCGGUGAAGUUAAACAAAUUGCCAUAAAUAUAAGUAGUUAUUAUUUAGGUGGUAGUUGUGUACAUAGUUAGGGUUAAAAGUGUGUUGGCGUUGACUGGGCUGUGGAAUGGGCAGAAAAAGCCGCGUGCGGAGCGAGGCCGAGGCGAGGGCGCGCCGUCGGCCGCUGGACACGACUAGGUUGUCGCCGCGCUAAGCGUUGUCAAAGCUUGGGUAGGUGUAGGCUACACUUGUAAGUUAGCGCCCCCGACUUCGGCCGUCAGUGCCUCACGAGCUGGUAGAUCAAGAUAUCAAAUUGGCCUAUCGAAUACAUUUUUAUGCCAGCCCACGCGAACGUUUAGGCAAUCGACUGCCGGUGAUUUAUCGUCAAAAUUUCCCGUUAGUAACGCUUACCGAGCACACUCCGCGUAUCACUAUUUCACAAAUAAAAGAACCAGUCGCGAUAUCAUCGUCGACUAUAAAUUAUAUGAAGCUCGGAUGAAAAAUCGCAGUUCGGUGUCCGCUUAUUUAUCGCUUACCUUAACUUGUGAAUGAAUAUAUUACGUCGGAAUGUCGAAUAGACGCAUUUAUUAGAGCGCGGUUUUGAGGCGGAGAUGAGAAUGGAAACUAGUGAUGUACGGUGUCCGUGGUACGGAGUAUCGAGUGAUGUUGGUAGCGGAGCGGUAUCGGGUGAUCUGCUAUCACGUCGCUCGGCACAGUGGCUGUUCGGCGCUAGGAAUAGGUCGGGUUCCCGCGUUCUCCCGUGAUAUAUUGUUCCGCAUCUCCGUGUAUAAAUCUUGAACGCCUGCUGAGGUACACGGGACGCGCCGCGCCACAGCUCCGAGCUUCAAAUGGAAUUGUGUUUUUAUUUAUCGUGCGAAUCGGACCCACUAUCGCUCACUCGAAAUCGCGCUUUAUCGGCCAAAACGCGAGUCUCGACUGCGGGUCUACUCUUUAUACUUACUCAUGUGUUAUUUUAUUUAGCAAUUGUUUGCGAUUUCUCUUCUCUGUGAUAUACUUUUGUUCUGUAGUAAAAUUAGAAAGUAUAUUUAGUUAUUUUACCUUUUACUAUUAUUUGUAUUAGCGUUAACAGACUGAGGCGGCGAUAGUGGGGACGUGUAACAAAUAUUUAUUACGCAAUGAUAUUAAAAGGCAUGUUCAAUGCAGACACAUUAACGAGAUAUGCAUCGACCGAACGCUUUUGGUCCUUGGAGUGAGUCACUUCCCUUAACAUCGAACUAACGGUUAAGGAUGAGUUAUUGUUAGAGUUUUUACAUAAUUGUUUUUGAAAGCCCUUUUUAAGUUCACCAUUAUCGUUAACGACCAAUAACAUCACUUGGAUGUGUACACAUGUCGUCCAUCUUUCCGAACCUACUUUAGUCCUCCAAACAAUCCAACACGUGGCGUGUAAUCUCGUUGCUGUGUCUGUUGCACUGAAUGUGUUAUAAACUACUAGUGUAAAUAUUAAGUCUAGUGUAUAUUACUACGUACGUAACAGAAAUCUGAUGUACAACGUCGGUAUACGUUCUUAAAAUACAUGGUAGGGAUACCUGUAGCAAUCUUCUACAUAAUAUAUUAUUUUAUUGGCAAUGCGCAUGAACAAAAUAAAAUUACAAUUAUGACCAUAAAUAUUCAUAUCGCUGUAAGACAACUUUAUAAAGAGAUCGUCAUAAAUCAUGAUUUAAUAUAUACGCUACGUGUGAAGUUGAAGAACCAGAAUUUUCCGAAUGGAUUUUGUUUUGUUGCCGUGCGCAGUGCCAGUGGUCCUAUAUACGUAAAUGCAAAAGCUUUAGUAUGAAGAAAUAUUCCAUUUAUUAGUCGAUAGCUUAACUUAUUAUUAGAGAAAUAGUUUAUCUAUAGUCACUUGAAAAAAUGACAAGAAUCAAAACUAGUUGUGCCCAGUAUACGAAUAGCUAAUUAAAUAAGUAAUAAUGUAAUUUAUUUUAAGAUACAGUAGCGUUAAUAUUUUUGGAUUCCUAUAAACAUAUACGUAAUUUUAUCUUCUGUACUUUAAAUUGGUGAAAUUUUGUCGAGACUCUUUCAACUUUUCCUUUUGUCUUCGAAGUGCCAAAAUAAUUUCGUGUUUAGGAAAUCAUCAUGGACUCAUCUAAUUACCUCUUAAAAGUUCCUUAUUUUAUUAGUUGCUUUAUUUAACAUCAGUUUUUUUUACUUGAAAGGAUCUUCGUCAAAAUUUUCGCGUCGUUUUGUUACAUAUUGUAAAUAUACUUAUACACUAUUUAUGUACCUACCGCUUCAUCACAAAACAAUUUAUUAGUGGAACGGAGUUUAAAUUAAAACACUUGUUUUUGUAUCUCACUGCAUUAUUGGCUUGUUCCGUGACGCAAUAAAUUUGCUAUUAAAUAAAUAGGUACCUUAUUUAUUUUACUGAAAUCGUGCUCACGAAUAAACUACUAUAAAUCUGACCUGUUUACGAAGCAUUUGUCAUACGUAAAUACUAGGUAGGCGCAAUUUAUUGUAAUGUAACAUAAUUAAUUAAAAUUAAAUAGUAAUAAAUGAUGAAAUACUUAAAAAGCUCGAGGGAUUCUAGUGUAGAAAAUGGUUUAAUGUUUGUGUUUUAUGAUUGUAACUGUGUGAAGAGUUGUGUAAUAUUAUUAUUAUUACCUGUCUACCUAUCAUAUGAUCGAAAGCGAUAUAAUUUUUUGUACAAUGUCGGCUAUAGUGCGAAAUGGAUUUGCAUUAAAUAAAAUUCUGUUACUGUA